GUCCUCGCUACACGCCGUACUUACAUGCAAGUCUGCAGGAAGGCUGGAUGAAUGAGGCAUGAGCAGUAGAGAUGACGGAGAGUCUGAAGAUCCGCUUUGAUUUCCCCAGCCCCGUCAUACAAGCCCAGGCAGUGAGAAACCUUGUUGCUGCUGUGCUAAAGGAGAAAGGGCCAAAUGGACAAAUCACACAGUCCUCCACCCAGGGUCCAGCGUUGGAGGCUCUGUGGCAGCAGUGCUGCAGUGACUGUGCUCAGGUGCGUUCAGCCUGCUGCGAUGCCGUGGUGCUGUUGGUGGAUCAAGGCCACGCGGACCUGCAACACGUCCUCAACAGUGUCCUCAACCUCCUGCCCUCUGCCAGAAACGUCCAGGGGCUGAUAAAGGUGAUUGGACGGCUCCUUCAGAUGCAGGCAGACCAGAGAGACAGAGACACACACUUCACCUGUCCUUAUUCCAUCAGGAGCAGCCCCCACCCAUACAUCACUGCGCUGGAGAACCGAGUGGACUGCUGGCCGGCUCUGCUGCUGGAGAUUGAUGACUUCAUCUGGCAGGCUGCUGACAGAAAUGAACCGUCCUACAUCACCAUGCUGGCCCCAUUCCUGCGCUACCUGUACUGUGAACCUCAGAGGCUACCCCAGCACGCCCUCCUGCGCCACAGUCUCCUCAGGGUGCUGCUGCCUGAACAUCCAGGAGCUGGGUCAGCCCUCCAAAACAAGGACCAGACGCAGACCUCGUCAGUGUCUGACAGCCUGCUGCACUGCCUCUGUCAGCUGGUGCCACACAUGCAGGUGGACAGUGUGGAGGCAGUGCUGGAGCUGUGUGGAUUUAUCGACGCUCUGCUUCGGGGUCUGGUCCCGGCCUGUGAGGAGCGCUGGAGAUCUGAGAGAGUUGUGUUGCUCCUGCAGCUGCUUUGUGCCUGCCAGCGCUGCCUUAAGUUGAAUGGAGACUGCAGACCUCUGCUGGGCUUAAUGCAGCAGCUCCUGCCUGCCUGUCAACAGGAGCUGCCAUUGGACGAGCUGCUGCUGGGCGUGGCCCUGCUGCUGCUGGAGGUCCCUGCAGUUCAGCAGAGCAGCCUGCUUACUCUGGCGCUGGCUUUAGUCCCUGAGCAGCCUGAGCUGUCCCCCUGGUUGAGUCCAGUCCUGCUUCUUCCUGUGCUGCAGCUGCUAUCCUGCUCCAGCCUCACUGAGCCGCUGGCUGAGCGGAGGACACACAGUCUCAACCAGGACUUAGCCCACAGCCUGCUUCGCCGCAUCAGCAGGGAGACAGACAAACCCCAACAGCCUGCUCCAUCGCUGGCCCUUCCUCUCAGCUCCUGGUACAACGAGCUCAGCGUGGCUCUCUCCACGCUGCGUAAAGUGGCAGAUGAUGCGGCGGCGGCGGCUGAUUGGCUGAUGUCGGUCGGCUCGGCCCUGUCAUCCAGCCAGAGCAGGCUCUGCUCCCUCGCCCUCAUUGUGACCCAUCUCAUCAUCACGGGUCAGGAAGACGUCUGCCAGCUGGCUCUGAACGCCAGCCAGGCCAUCGCUGCAGCCGACCCCUGCCAGGUUCCUUCCCUUUUUCCUGUUCUGAUGUUUAAACUGGGGAGGGAAAAGAAUCCAGGCGUGACUCACGCUCUGCUCAACUGCCUGCCGAACCUCGGCACUCACAAGCUCUGUGUCCCCACAGUGCUGCAGACUCUGCACAUGCUGGCCAGCGCCCCCAAGCUGAGAGCGGUGGCAAUGCGCCUCAUGACUGUUCUCUGGAGGAAACAGGACCGAAUCUACCCGGAGCUGCAGCGUCUGCUGGGCCAGCAGGAAGCAGGGUGGGUGGUGGGGAGAGAUGCCCAGUGGGAGCAGAUCCUGGCCCGGGCUGCCUGCCUCAGGGACAUCUGCAGGGAGAGGCCUUACCAGCAUGGAGGGGACAUGCUGGCUGCCAUCACACUCACCCUGAACCAGUGCAGCAGACCAGACAUGGCGACCCCUGCUGCUCUCGCCCUGCAGGGACUACAGGAGCUGUGCCGCGCAGAGUGGGACAUUGUGUCCACAUGGAAGAAUCUGGGGCCUGAGCUGAGCUGUGACUCUCGUCCUCUGAUGGUCAGAGUCAUAGCUGACCUCCUGGCUCUGGUUCCUCAGCUCAAGGUCAAGUCAGAGGACUACGAGAAACUGAAUGAGGAGGUGGUCAGCUUUCUCUGGAACUAUGCUGUGAGCAAGGAUCCAGAGGUGGCCAGCUGUGGCUACAAGGCGUUGGCGGAUUUUCCUGAAACAGUCCACACGAUCAAUCAUCUUCCUGAGGCGGCUAGACCAGCAAUAAGCCCCCCCACAGAUGAGCAGGAUGAAGAAGAGAAGGAGAAUGAAGAGGAGAAGGAUCUGUCCAUCCCAGGGUCAUCUUAUGUGAAGCUGAUGGCUCUCACCCCUGGCUCUGUUCUACCAGCCUUCCAGCUCCUCCUGACCUCUCUGGUGAAGCAGGAGAUGAGCCAGAUGCCCCGGGGGGUGUACUUCUCUGCUCUGAGGGGGGGGAACCUGCGAUCGGACCAGGGGAAGACCGUGGCAGGAAUCCCUUUAUUCACUCUGAAGACCUAUGAGAACAACAAGCAGCCUGGGCUGAAGCCAGGACUGGCAGCUGGACUGCUCCUGUGUUAUGAGCUGCCCGUGCAGACAGAUCGUGAAGGCAGACCAAUUGAUCGCUUCCUCAUCAGCCGCAGUCGCAGCUACCAGCAGACCCUGGCAGCCCUCAUUCACGAGGUGAACAUCCAGCCGUCUGAGUGGCACCGUGCGCUCCUCCUGCCUCAGGCCUGGAGAGGUUUCAUGAGCCGAGCUUUCCACGCCACCCUACAGGGUCGCCGUGCUGAUUUGCAGAUGCAGCAGAAACAAGGCAAAGAGAACCCAGAGGAGCUCCAGUACAAACAGCACUGUGCCUGGCUGUGGGCCCGAGAUCAGCUGACAGAUGUCAUCAAAGCUGCCACAAAGGACAGUCCUGUUGUUCAGGGGAACUCCAUCCUGGCUCUGAGCGGCCUGGCUGCUGUCCUGGCCAAAUAUGAGAGCAACCUGCCUGCUGACAGCGACGGCAGCCUCACGGCGGGUCCAGAGUUUGUGCCCACAGCCAGCUGGUUGGCCAUGGUCCUCAACACCCUGCUCAGCAUCAGCAGCAGCAGCUACAAGGCCAGAGGACAAGUCUUCCCAUGGUUCCUACAUCGUUCCUACUCUGGUGAGAACACAGCCAGUGCCAUAGCUCGCUCCUGUGCCAGCGUGGCCCUGUCCCUGCUGGUCCCGGUGCUGGUGGUGUGGCAGAGGGACGGUGUGGUUCAGGUCCUGUCAGUGCUGCAGGCCAGCCUGCCGGGCUCCCCCACCGCUGACGACUCCCAGGCUGUCCAGUUCCACUCAGGCCUAGCGCUGGGUAUGGUGCUGUCCAGCCUGCACCACCAACGCCUCAGUGAUGUCUCUGUUGAGAAGGACACAGAUGUCCUCCUCAGUUCUCUGGAGGCUCUCCAAAGCUGCUCCUUCAAUCCAGACCUGGAAUACAACACCGGCUGUGUAUUGGGUCUGGGUCUUGUGCUUGCAGCUCUCUGCAGCAGCGGACAGACAAACCAACAUGUCCACGUCACCCAAACACUAGACAAGCUGCUGUCCAAUCUGCAGGACAGCAGUGGGCUGGGACGCAUGCAGCAGGAGGUGUUGGCGUACUCUGUGGCGUGUGUGGGCGUGUCAGCCUUCAGCGGAGGUCUCAUAGAUGCUGCCAAGGCUGAGGAGGUGAUGAGCACUCUGCGCUCAAUGACUGAGGAGAGCCAACAGACUCCAGGUUUCUCCCUGGCUCUAGGGUUGGUGGUCCAUGGCCUGUCCAUGUCCGGCCACGGUAAAGCGGAGGACAUCCAUCCUCGUCUGCUGGCAGCUUGGAUCAAAAUUUUACUGGCCGAGGGUUGUCCCACCAUGCAGCGGCUGGCUGCUGCAAACGGUCUGGUGGCUUUAGUCGGAUCUGAGAGUUACCUCUUUCAACAAACCAGAGAGAUGGAGCUCUCCUCGCAGCAGCAGAGCAGGCUCAAUGAGGUCAUCAGAGCCAUCACACAAAUCAUUACAUUCUCAGGAGCCAUUGGUCUGCAGUCCAACAGUGCUUGUCUGAUUGGUCAUCUACAUUUGGCCCACAUGUCCACCAGUCACAGUCACACAGCAGUUCCUCAGGAUUUCAGUUACCUGUCAGACAAAAGCGUCAUCAGAUCCAUUGUUGACUUCAUCACAGAGGCUGGAAAAAAAGGUCCAGAAUUUGCUCCUCCAGCCCUGGUAAAGACCGCUCUGACCCCACUGGCAUCAGUGGGAGCGAGUUUCCAGUACCCUCCCAUCAACUGGAGCGCUGUCUUGUCUCCUCUGAUGAGGCUCAGCUUUGGGGAGGAUGUGCAGCAUCAGUGUGUGGUGCUGGCAGCGAGUCAGGCUCAGUCCUCUCAGAGCGCCUCUCUCUUCUUGGGCUCCUGGAUGUCACCGCCACUUGUGCACAGUCUCAGUCUCCAGACUCGGGCUCACCUGUAUGAGAGCCUGGGCCUGUGGAUGAAACAUGUCGCCGAGGACAAGCUCCAGGUGUACAUGGAAAGUCUGGGCCUGCAGCAGUUCCAGGAAGAGCUGCGACCCCAGCGUCUGUCCCUGUGCCGCUCUCUGCUGCAGGGCCUCGCUCAGGCCAUGGCUCUGCCAAACCCCCCCAACAACUGCUGGAGCAUCCUCUGCUCCACCACCGACAAGAUCUUCACCCUGCUGCCCAACCACAUCCAGGAUAAUGAGGUGGAUUUGUAUGUGGGAAUCAUCAAGUGUCUGUCAGAGAUGUCUGACGCAGAGAUUGACCGGAUCGCACGAGUCACAGAGACUCAGAUGGAGAAGACCUGCUUUGCCCUGGCUUACUUGACCUCCCAGGGCAGAGUUCCCCUCCUGGGUCUCAAUGACAUCAUCGCUGGUGUACUUCGUGGUUGGCAGAGCCGCAGAGUCGGCUGGCUCCUCCUGCAGUCUUUUUACCAGUGUCGCCUGGUCACCAACCCCAACACAGGUGUUUUGAAACGAAUGGAGUGGCUCCUGGAGCUGAUGGGACACAUCCGAAAUGUUGCCUAUGGAGCAACUUCCGUCUCAUGUGGAGACACUAGACUGGCCACAGACUUCCUGUUCCAGGUGUUUGCUGCUGCUGUAGUUUCCUGGGGCGACCACUUCAUGCCGCUCCUCCUUGGCAUCAGAACCCAGUGGUUCCCAUGGCAACCUGACUCCAAGCCCCAAACUCUGCGACACAGUCUGUAUGGAGAGGAGUCAUUCACUGAGCGUGCCCUGCCGCAGUGCCUGCUGGGAAUGCCCCACAGCCUGAGCCUGCUGCUGGACAAACAACCCUGGAGCAGCCAAAGAGACAAGUUCAUAGACUGGCUUUUCAGCAUCACAGAGGGUCCUAAGCAGAGUCUGUCAGCCUCGACCAUGAGCACAGCCAAAGCUGCCCUGUUGGCCCUGAAGUCCUCCGCUGAGUUCAAGAAGAAAGCUGUGUGGACCCGAGCAUAUGGAUGGUAGCCCAGAGGAGCCACAACAGACUGUUACUGUGGCAACAAACACAGAGGUUUUCUGCAAAAACAUGACUGAAGCUUUAACACAGUCAAGCUGCGUGUGUGCGGCCUCUGACCACUGGACAUGACUCAGUGAUGGCUAU